AUGGAGAUACGUGCGCUGGCUAAUCAAGGCGUUGUCGUACUGGAAGGUGGCGGUCACCACUCGGUGGCGGUCACAUCUGAUGGGCGGUGUCUGGCUUGGGGUCGACUAGACAAUAGACAGCUGGGAGUUGUGUUUGAGAAGAGCCAUCCGGCCGUACAGACGGACGAACGAGACCAUACGCUGAUGGUUACCCGUGCUGCAUCACACGCGGCCUUUGCAGCCGGAUUCAACGAACAGGGCCAGUUGGGGUUGGGGGCCGGUGCGUCCGAUGAGGUAACUACGGCGCAGCAGAUCAGCGGCAAAGCACUAAAGGGCCGCACACUGACUUGGGCCGGAGCAGGCGGCCAAUUCUCGAUGCUGGCAGGGCCACACGUGAAUGGGGCUUAA